AUGUCUGCUACUACUUCCCCCACCAUGAGCGACAUGCGUACCGAGGUCAACUGGCCUGUUCUUAAGUCAUACCUCGAACAAGACAAGGUUACCUUUGAGGAUCUGGAGUUACCAUGUGGUGUUUGUCAUGACACAAUGACAGUUCUUCCUCACCAACACGAGGAAGAUGAGGACGGUAAAUCACACAAUGCCAUCAUCCUCCCAUGCGGACACAUAUUCGGAAAGGCAUGCUUCGAAGCGGCCUUUGACCAAAGCUCAUCUCUCCGACCCGUUUGCUUCAUAUGCAGAGCAGAUCUCACUUUCCCCGAGUGCGGACAUAUUCACCGUGGACUGCCACUACCCAGCAGCAAGGAGAGCAUCAACAGCAUCCCAGACGUCAUCUCCAAGGAUGGUCUGAUGGCACCGUUUUGUGGAGGUUGUCUGUGUGACGAGACCAGCCAAGCUUUUUGUGACCACGCCGCGGAGGUCAACAACAAUUCCUCCGGGGACGAGUACCUGAUGUAUGGCUGUCAGGUAGGACCCAUGUCCGAAAUUACCUUUCGGCCGUUUGACAUCGACUUGGAGCCGGAGGAAAAUGGCGUCGUCUCCCUGUGUGAGACCCCGAGAGAAGUCAUGUGGGCCUUGAAACGCUUUGAAGAGCAGAAUUCAAUGGCUGAUUCUGGCAUGCACUGGUUUGACGACGCCACAAUCGGCUACAAGUGGCAGUUUUACAAAUGGGCGCCAUACAUGUCCAUGCCAUCCAAGCCUGCCUUCAAUGAAGGCAAGUGCAUUACCAUGGACGAGCGGACUCCUUUGGCUGAAAUGUUUUGGGACCUCAUGAAAAAGGGGGACGAUGACUUAGACGAAGACGACGAGGAGUAA